GAAAAAAGUGCCAGUUCAAAUGCAAGACUUAAAUCUAAUAAAGAGAUCCCAGGAUUAGUACAUCAACCCAGAGCAAACAUGCACAUCUCUGAAAGCCAACAAGAGUUCUUCAGAAUGCUUGAUGAAAAAAUUGAAAAGGGUCGUGAUUAUUGUUCAGAAGAGGAGGAUGUCACAUAGUGCCAAUUCUGCCACUCACAUCAGGAAUACUACUGUGUAAAUAGAUUACAACCCAGUUGAGACCUUUUGGAAGUCUUCUAGAGUGAACAGCACUACAUAACAGAAGAAGAUAAUUUCCACAUUAUAUGCUCCAUUCAGUUACAGUGUUUCUUAAUGAACAGAUGAGGAAUAUUGCUAAGAACUCGUAAGGAACUGUUUUUGUUGCUGCUAGUUAAAACUUGUUGCAACUUCUCACUUUUUUCUGUGUCCAGAUACGCAGCAAAUCCUUAAAGUUAAUCCAAAAGACGUUGUUGAUUUUAUUGAGGCUUCUGGCCUGUUUUCUAUCAGAUGAGGUAGUGUUAUACAAAGCUUCCAUAAGUGAACAUUCAAGCGUCUAAGAAACACCCUUAAGCUGUCUGUCAGUCCACGUUCAGGCCGGAGUGCUUAUUAAUGCUGGUGAUGGCAAGCUUUGGAGAUGGGAUGUUUUUUGCCAUGGCAGGCCUUGUUUCUCUACUGAGAAGAAGUUGAGAAACUAUUAUUCAUUAAAAGCAUGUUAUCACUGAAAUACUGGAAGUGAUACAGGAGCAGGAAUUUGUAUUUUAUGAGGAAAAACAGUUUUGUUUAAUAGGCAUCUUAAUCAAGGACUAAGCUUGCAGUAUUGGCUUUGCUGAGCACGAAUGGGAGAGUGAUCACAAUCAUUUUGAAUCUCUUUUUUUCUAAGAAAAUAAACAUUUUACUGUUUUUAUGUA